UGUGCACCUAUGAGAACUGAGUUUUCAUUCAAGUUGGAUGCAUACUUGCUUCUGGUCGUUCGUUCUGCUAGACGUUACGAGGAUGUUAGGUUUACAACUUUUAGGGAAAUAAACAGACGUUCCUCCCACCUUACAUAAACAGAGGCGAACUGUUCAGCUUUAAGACUUAUUGAUCGAAGCAACGUCUAUGUUUAGUAUAACUGUUACAUAACCUUUCUCAGUGACCCUCGACUGUGGGACCACAGAAGGCAGGAUUGUCGGGACUUCUCAGUUAUUACUUGCGAUAUGGCGGUUGUAAGCCCGUAGGUUGACAUACAAGAAAGGCUUUAAACCAGAUUUGGGAUGUAAGAAGUUCCUACCGAAUUCGUUUAUAAAGAUGUAUACAUAAAGCUCCUUAUCAUGCCUUAGAGACGGCCCAGUCCGAGUUGUUUGACUUGAAAUCUACAUACAAUGAAGAGACUCACACCAAGUCGAAUGAAAUGGAAAUUAUCCUGAACGAUCUAGAACGUACUAAUCAGAGGGUAAUACUGGCAGAGAAAGACGUAUCUACGGUAAAGGAACGGCUUGAAGCCAUAAAAAAUUCUCUUCAAUUGGCUGAACAGAUCCAAAAAACUCCCGAUAUGGAGAAAGCGGUUAAGGUGCUUAGCCGAUCAACCCUGGAAGUCGAACUAGCUGCUAAAGAAAAGGAGAUUUCCCAGCUAGCUGAUGAUAUACAGAGUCUACAAUCCACAGUCAACAACUUGAAACAGACAAGUGCCUCCCAGAUUUCUCAUCUGCAAGAAAGAUUAGUUGAAAAAAAUAGGAUCAUCCACGAAUUGGAAGAAAAACUUACUAAUCAGAAAGAUUAUGAUGAGAUCAAGAAAGAACUAAGCAUCCUGAAAUCAUUGGAGUUUCCUAACCACGUGAGCGCUGAAGAAGACCACGACUCCAUCGCCUCGGAACCAGAAUCUAUCUCUAAGUCCACUGACGUUCAUGUUAUGGAACAGAAGAAAAUAUCGCAGCCCAAAGCCACCCUACUGAAAGUGACUAAUCCUGAGUUGUCAGGUACUCUCUCUCCUCUGGAAAAUACCCUUCCACCUCCACUUCAAACUGUAGAGACUUUUGGCUCACUUUUAGGUAAAGAAAUCGUAUCCACUUAUACCAAUAUAUUAAAAAAAGAAGAUCACGGUAGUUCCUCACCUGUGACAACCUCAUCCACAGAUGGGUGUCUCCCAAUCACACACCCACCUCAGAAUGGAACCAAAUCGAGUGAACUUCCCAAAUCUAAAGGUUUUUCUUGUGAUCACGUGACUUUAGACAAACUCCAAGAGUGCCUGAGUCAAUGUAUGGAAAAAUAUGCAAAUGAAACACUGAACACAUUAAACAUUUCUCGGUGCGUGCGGGAGCUAUUGAGUAUGCAUAAUAUUGGACAACGCCUUUUUGCCAAGUUUGUGCUUGGUCUUUCGCAAGGUACUGUAAGUGAACUGCUUUCCAAACCAAAACCUUGGGAGAAACUGACCGAAAAAGGAAAAGAUUCGUUCAGAAAAAUGCAUGCGUGGGCUUCAGAUGACAAUUGCAUUUAUAUGUUAAAAGCCUUGGUGCCUAAAAAAGGAUUGCUGACAGGAAAACUAAGUCAUGGUAAAGCUAUUUCUACUUCUUUGGCUGCUAAGCCAACAAGUAAAGAAUACACCAACAAUAAAAAUCUCAGAAGCAAGUGCCAGGAUGUUACACAACCUCAAAGUAAAGACUAUGGGCUUCCAUCAAAUAAACAAGAUGAUCCUGGUGCAGAGGAGCGAAUUGCACAAAUUUUGAAUGAAGCACAAACUGCAAUGCUUAAUUCCAAGAACAAGAACAGGAUGAGUCCACUUCAUAAUGGAAGCACAGAAUAUUCUCCACGGAAUAUUGGUGGUGUUGUGAGAUCAGAGGAGGAAGGGAAAAGAGAUGAAGGUGGUAACAUUGAAGUAGAAGGUAGAGAAAAUCAAACAUUACACAGCAGUAGUAAUAACUAUAAAGAUUAUUUUAAUUCUACCAGUUUACGGAGAUCUAGAAAGUUUGAUACUGAUGACAUACCACAAGAAAUGGUAGCAAAGAUCUAUCAAGAAGAGUUGGCCAAACUCAUGGGUCAGAGAGUGCAAGAAUGUUUCCGUUUACCUAAUGACCAGUAUGAACGCACACAGGAAGAGAUCAGACAUGCUCUUAGGAUUUAUCACAAAGAACUUUCUCAUCUCUCCCAAAUCCUCCCUCUAGGUACUAGUGAUCUUGCUCGGCUGGGAUCAUCUUCAGCCUUAGUGAACAGUGCUGUUUUGACACCUUUAACAAGUAUCCAUCAUCCAAUCAGCUUAGCAAGUUCUUACCCUCGGCAGGAAGUUCCCAUUGAUGCCACACUUCAGUCACGAAAUAUACAGAAAAGAGGCAGUUGUUCAGAAGUAGAAAGUGUACGUCAUCAUGGUAGUGCUUUCUCUUUGGUGCAACCAAAAACAGAAGCAGGAAACAGUCCUGCUCCUGUAACAAUUUCUAAUCAUUGUAACUCUACCCUUCUCCCUCCAACCUCCAUAAUGUCGCUUACUGAAAUGCCUAAUUCUGGUGAGGAUCUGUCCAGCUCGGCAUCUCCUCUACAGCAGAUGCAGUCCAUCACAAACUCACUUCUUACUCAAUCAUCUCUGACAACUGUUUCAACCACUCCACAAAGACCCACAAAAGCAAUUCUUCCACCAAUUACACAACAGCAGUUUGACCUCUAUAACAACCUAAACACUGAAGAGAUUGUGAAAAAUGUGAAAGAACAGUUAAGUCAGUAUUCAAUAAGUCAGAGAUUGUUUGGUGAAAAUGUCCUGGGGCUUUCACAAGGCUCAGUGUCUGAUCUGCUAGCAAGACCUAAGCCCUGGCACAUGCUCACACAGAAGGGCAGAGAACCAUUCAUUCGUAUGAAAAUAUUCCUUGAAGAUGAAAAUGCAGUUCACAAGUUGGUAGCAUCUCAGUACAAAAUUCCUCCAGAAAAGUUAAUGCGAACGAUAGGCUUUGGUGGCCCCAGCAGCUCACCUGCAGCUUCUAUGAAAUUACCACAACCAUCAACUGAACCAGCAAUAGUACCCAAUCAAUUAGACAGAAGUCAAACCCCUCUAAACUCCAACUUUGCUCCACCUGCAGACUUGCAACAGUCUGCUACUUCCACUCCAGAAUAUCUAGCAAGUAUUUCCAAAACAACUAGUGUCCUAUCCUGCAAUGUCUCCACAACUCAGAGCAUGCCGAUUAGCUCAAGAAAACUGCACCACAGUUCUCAGUCUAUGAUGUACUUGCACCCUACUGUGUAUGAGAUGGCAGCUUUAACCACUGAUAUUGAUACUCAGGGCAUCACUUCAAAAAUAAAAGAUACACUAAUGGCUCAAAAUAUAGGUCAGAAGAUUUUUGGUGAAGUGGUGCUAGGUCUAUCACAAGGAUCUGUCAGUGAGUUGCUAUCAAAACCAAAGCCAUGGCAUAUGCUCAGUAUUAAAGGUCGAGAGCCUUUCAUCCGCAUGCAGCUAUGGUUAAAUGAUCCAUUAAACAUAGAAAGGCUACAAGUGAUUAAGAAUCAAAGAAGAGAAGCAAAUAAACGAAAAAGAAACAACAUAGACACAGAUGUACAUCAGUCUCCUCAUAAUAACCACCUAUUUAGCUAUGAUCUCCCUCCUCCUUCUCCUUAUUUGUCUACCAAAAAACCAAGAAUUUUAUUUUCUGAUGAGCAAAAAGAAGCACUUCGUUUAGCAUUUACCUUGGAUCCUUACCCAAGUACAUCAACUUUAGAGUUUUUAUCCAGUGAACUUGACCUACCAGUCCGAACAAUAACCAACUGGUUUCAUAAUCAUCGCAUGCGUCUUAAGCAACAGCCUUUAAUCACUCCUGAUGACCAUAGGUCUAAUGACAGUGGAACACAUAUAAUUUCUUCAGGGGCUAAAGACAAUACAAAUUUUGAUCCUGUACAAUUUCGGAUGAUGCUGGAUCAUCGACUUGCAGAAUUGGCCCGAGACAAACGUAGUGGUAAAGUAAAGAAGAUGUACUCCACCUAUCAAAAUACUUCACCACUCUCUGCUCAAAAUGAUGAUUCUGGUACUUUAGACUUGAGUAUGUCUAGUCAACAUUUCCCUCGAAGAAGUAACAAUACUUUUGGAUUUCACUGUACUUCAGAAAGUGCUGGAACUGAUGAGCACUCAAACAGUGAACAAAAUGAAGACUCUAGUUAUUCCCUUGAGCGAGGCUUAUCAGAAAGCAGUGACAGAGAAUCACUAGAUGACCAACCCACCUCCCUGUCUCCGAACAGUGUAUUUCAAGAGCAAGAAGACUUCAAACAGAUGACAAUAGCACCAGCUAGUAGCAGUAACAGGAGGAAACCGGCAAUGCCACAGUGGGUGGACCCUGGUCUGGAGAUAUCCCCUGAAAGUGAUCUAUGCAGUGAGAAUGAAGACAAUGAUGAGGAGGAAUCACAAAAUGUGAAAGAUAAAGAGAUAAUAAAUGGAGUCUGUGUUCUUCAAACUGGAAACCUUGGUCUUCAUGUGCCUAAAGAGCAUACAGUACGGAUUGAGCCAACCCCAGUUCCAGAUGGCCAGGUUUUAAACUACAGGGACAAAGAACAUCUUAAUAAGGAUAAAGUGACUGAUUUUUCCAGUGAAGAAUUAAUGAUAUCUGAAAAAGAGGAGUUUAAAAGAAGCAUUAAAACUGAUAGGAAGUAUAACAUUGAGAGGCUUGAGAGAUGUUUAAAAGAUCAAGUUGAAAAUUGGGAUGUUGAUGAAGAAGAGAGGGAAGAACACAAAAAUAAUAGUAAAGCUAACUCCAAAGAUGACCAGAAGAAAGAAGAGGGCUGGUAAUUUUAACGAAUUAAUUUAUUUUCACAUAGAAAUCAAUAUCAAUGAGGACUUUUAUUAGACCUUGUUAGGAAAACAAAUGAAAGUGUAUAUCACACUGUGCAGCUGCUGUGUACUUUCUAAACCAGAAUUACUUCAGACUUUUCUAAGUGUCUUGUGUUGAAUACAUUUUGGCUUGUGAGUUGCCUUAAAUAUAACCCUGAAGUAAUGAACUUUAAGCUUAGUUAGAUAAGAAUCAGGGUUAUGGUUGAGAAGUGUGGGCAGUGCUAAGGGAUAUGCAAGUACAAUGUGAUAAUGCCAUAACAGCCUUCUUGUUGUAUCCAGAGAAGGUUGCUAGAUAAAGUGUAACAUCCACUAAGUGGUACCCUAGAAGGAUUAAUCUCUAUUUGUUUUCAUUCAAAUGAUUAUCAAACAAACAUAUUUACUGUUUGUGUGGCUGGUGCAAGUCAUUUUUGAGUGUCAUACUCUGUGAGGUUCUCAUACUUUGCCAACUGACAAAAAUUUAACUGUACAUAGCUCAACUGAUUGCUGCAGGUAGAUGGUAAAACAUGUUUUGUUGGUUUAAUACUUAUAUUUUUCAACUCAAGAUUGUAUAGAUACAGAAGUCUGCAUAUGAUUUAAUACUUUAUAUUAGUACACUAAACACUGUCAUGUUUUUUUUUUAUAAUUUAGCAGUGUUUUUAUAGGAAGAGGUUGAAGAAACAUAAGCUUAUUUUGUGUUUUAAAAGAUUUCAAAACAUUUUCUAUUUUCUUAACAAAUGCUUUCUAAAAAAAUCGGUGACAUGUUAUUUCAUCUUGACUAGGAAAGCAUUGUAAAUACAUUAAAAUAUAAUUACAAUUCUGUGCAGUAUUCAUAUUUGUUAAAAGUCUAGUCUAAGAAACAGGCUUAAACCUGUUCUAGUAGUUGUGUUAUCUUGUAUAUUAGCAAUAACACAUUUUGUGCAGGUUUAUCAAAAUUUUUGAGUUAAACAACCUAUAGUUCCAAUAGAAUUAAUUUUCUUCAUCAUUUAUAGAACCAUGAGAUAUCUUGAUGUGCAUGAAACUUAAAAAAUGUUUCUGUCAUUACAACAGCUGCAAAUUACAAAAUCUUUUAUUGAAAAUACAUCCACUGAUUCAACAUAUUGAAGUACACAUUAUAAAACACAAAGCUUAUAUUUGUUGCACUUGUCCUUAGUUUAAAUCACAUUGUUUAACUGAGAAAUAAAUGUGAGAAACACUUACAAAUUUAAAUAAUUCUAAUCCCUUUCUUCCAAAGCUUAUGUGCAGAAGGAAACAACAUACUUAAGGAUGUACUAUUCUAGAUAUUGGUUACUUUUCCUUAAAUUUAUAUCUAAAAAAAAUGAAAAAAGGUUUAUCUCAGAUAUCUAUUUAAACCAAACAAUGACUUGAGUAAUUUGCAAAUUGGAUUUCUUUCAUUUUUUUAUGGUUGUGUAAAAUGUAAAAUUUAAACGACUAACAGGUCUAACAGAGAAGGUUGUGAUGAAAACAAUCUGACUUUAAAGAACUGUGAACAACUAAAAGUUACACCAUUCUGUAUUCUAGCCUUAAAGACAUUCGAAACUUUGUUAGGUGGCAGUAUCAUUGAUCUAACUUGCCUGAUGAAACUAACAUUGCUCAAAACUGUAGUUCUUAGCUGGUCAGUGCAUGUGAUAUAAGCCUGUUUUUUUAUAUUAACACUAAAGAGGGUUUGGUAUAUUAUUUUACAAUGAUUUUAAGUUGAACCACAUUGUUACACUCCAUAUCAUCACAUCUGGUCACACUCUAUCUGACUAUAGAAUAGCAGCAUAGUUUCCAUUGCAAAAUGCUCUGUCAUUUCCAUAACCCUCCUAUUGUAUAAAUAUGAUAGUUUCAAAACCAGUGCCCUUUUCAACAAUAUGAUUGCACAGAAAUCUAUUGGUGCUGCAUCUGGAGACUUGACUAGUUCAUCUUCUUAUGGAAUAGCAUGAAUACUUGUUUCAUUCUUGAGCUGCUAGAAUGAAAAAUGACGGUUAAAUGGGAGAUAUUAUAGGAAUCCUUAUCUUGGUGAACCCAUACCUUGAUAACCUCAUUUCCAUACAAAACCAGUAUUUCUGUAUGGUGCAAAGGGUCCAGAAAUUAGUCUAAUAGCAAGAAGAGUUCACCUUGAGUUUUUUAUCCACUCUCCAGAUCCUUAACUUGCCUCUAACACACUACCCAGUGACGAUCAUGAAUCCCAUUUGGAAUGUUUUUUCACCCAUUGACCAGUACAAAAUGGCAUGAGGCUUGUUACCAAGGUACACAUAUGCUUUGUUGAGCAUCACUAUUUUCUGUCAUUUUUUUGCAGAUAGGUACAGUUCUUACAGUUUUCUAUAGUUGUUCCUCCUUUCCUGAAUAUAUCAUGGAAGUAAUUUAUGCACAUGUGACUAUUGUAGAUUUUACAGAAAAAGGCCCUUGAAUAUGUUGCAUACUUUUUCCUCUUAACAAUAAUCUUUGUGUUCAUGGAUGAUUACCUGUUACAAGGUGACAAUACUUUGCUCACCACAGCUGGGGUAUGAUUUGUUGCAGGUCUCUUUCUGGAUGGUUCUAGUGUCUCAAGUUGAUCCAUAUUCCUUUGUUUUCCAAUGCUGUUAAAUGGCAUACAAGGGAUAUCCUCAUUUUGCAAAUUCUAAUUCCCCCAUAUGAACAGGUCUUCAUGAUCUGAGUGUAUGAAUAUUUUGGAUUGGAAAGGGUUGUUACAUACCCUUCCCAAAAGCAAUAAAUUUUUGGAGGUAUCACACUACCUGUGAAAUGCCAAGUAAUGUCAAAAUGUAGUUCUGUUAAAUGGUUCCAUCAUAACUUUAUAUUAGCUGUGGUUGUCUUGUGACUUGCUGAUUUGCAUAUUCAUAAUUGUUUUACAUAACAUACUCAACCAUUUGUAUACACAAAAAUAUAUACAACUAUACUCACUCAUCAUAUUUAUAAACAUACUAAAGAUACAUAUAUGUACAUAUCUACAUAUAUUCCACAAGCUACAUAUGCAACAUGUAGAAAAAGAAUCUUUGAGACAAACUAUAGCUGACUACCCUCAGUGUUAAUUAACAGUGUUUUCAGACAUUUACAAAAAUUUUCUUUUGGUUUCACAUUAUUGAAGAUGGCCAAAGGAAAAUUGCCUUUAUUUUGUUGUACUGAGAUAGUGUUACUGUGUAGUGACAGUACUUUAACCCAUUCACUGUGGCUGGGACAUUUAUUUCCCAGUGCGCUGGGAAAUAUAUGUCCCAGCCACAGUGAAAUGGUUAGGAGAAGGUUGUUUUGUUAUGCAAUAAAGCACCGUCCUUCUUCCAUGUUCCCCCAACGUCAUUCAAUCAGUUGAUUUCUUGAUCUUCACUAUGGUUUUUAAGCAUUAUUAUCAUGCAUUGUUUUUUCUAGCUGUUUGAAGAGUUCUUAACCAAGCCCCAGCAGUAUCAUAUUUCACAAUAUAGUAGAUCACUAUACUAUCAAUCUGGAAUAGAAUAUUUUGUUUCUUAAUUGUUAAGCAAAAAACUAUACAAUGGAUUAUCUGUAUUCUACCAAACAUGUAUCAAAACUAGAUUUUUAGUGUUAUAAGCCCUCAGACAUACCACCGAACCACCAGGAGACAGGAAUAGAAAAGAAACAAAUUGACACUAGCAUUUGGUAUAUGGCUUUUAAACAUAUUGUUCGUGUGUAGAACUUUUUAAAAGUUUUUGGGCAAAAACGAAAAACACCUGCAUAAUACUUAUUACUAAGACAAUAGACUACACUAUAAAUCACACACACAUUCCUUACAGUUUGAAUGUAAAUUAUUUUCUGUUCAGAACAAUUUUUAAACUUAUUAUAGAGAAGCAUAAUUUAUAAAACAUAUCAAGUAAUAGGUGUGUAUAUUUAAGUUCAAAAAAUAACUUAUUAUAACCAUUAAAAUAGAAUUUCAAACUUUGCUAACUUCAAACAUUUUUGUGUUUAUGUUGUUUUUGUUUUUUUUCAAAAACACUCAGUCUUUCAGGUUACAGCUUCAUAAAACAGAAUCUCAAGCUAAGAUGUUUUUGUAUGAACUCAUCUGUUAUAAUUAUUUAGAACACCUGUUUGUAAUUCACUGAUAUCAUGAGUAUAUUAAAAAUUUGUUAAAUUUGAAAUACUGAGAGUUGUUACCUUAGAUUUUGCUGUUUUGAUUAUUUGCUAUUGUUACUUUGACUUGACUUUUAAGUUAAAACACUUAACCACUUCAUAAAUGAAUCAGGUAUAUCAGUGAUGUGUCACUUGCAUGUUUUUAUUUCAUGUUUUGUAAAGAAAAAAGAGAGAGAGAAAGAUAAAUAAAACAUAAUUAUGAUUUGAUAGUAUUAAAUUAAGCAUAAACCCUUGUCCAACAUUUUACAUAUGUUAAAAAAAAAAUGGAAAGAGACUGUAUGGGGGUAAAUCAGCAUGUUAACCCUAGUUAAAUGUACAAUAAUUGUUCAUCUAUAAUAUUAUUCAUUGCAUAAGAUAUUCAUUAAGAUAUAAUAUCUUUGAUAGACAGAUGUAUUUUGAGUUUUCACUUUAAGUUUUACAAUACAAGUGUAAUAGGACAACCCUGAUUACUACUUACUGAAUAUUUUACAUACUGUCUUUAUUUAUUCUGCUGUGAAAUUUGCUGUAAUUGGUAUUAUCAAGGUGAUCAUUAGAAAUAUCAGCAAACUGGCAAUUAACCCUGCAAAUUAUGAAAGGUUUUUCUUGAAGAGAGUUUUGAUAGGAUAAAAUCCCAUGGUGCUUGACUGUGUAUGUUCAAUUACUAGGAUUAAAUUAUUUUUUCUUCCCAUUUUUGUUACUAUUACCUUACACUCAUGUGAUACUAAA